AUCUACACAUUAUUACUUAGUACUCUGAUCGUACCAAUCCAAUGGAUAAACAUGUUGAAGUUUUAUCUGAAGUUAGUGGAAUAGCUUCGUCUCCGUUAACUCCUCAAAUAUUUGCAUCAGCUGGACAGGAGCACAUGGACAAAUAUGGUACAAAGCCUGAACAUUUUGCUAAGAUUGCCGAGAAGAAUCACCGUCACUCCGUCAAUAACCCGAACUCUCAGUUUCGUGAUGAGUACACUUUACAAGAUAUUCUCAAGUCGAAGAUGGUACACGAGCCAUUGACUAAACUACAAUGCUGUCCCACAUCAGACGGCAGUGCUGCUGCUAUAGUUUGUAGUGAAAGCUUUGUCCGUAGACACAACCUUCAGUCUAAAGCUGUUGAGAUUGUAGCCAUGACAAUGAGAACAGACUUCCCUAGCACCUUUAAAGAGAAGAGCGGAAUGAAACUGGUUGGAUACGACAUGACAAAGGCAGCUGCCGAGGAGAUAUACAGGAAGACCGGGUACCGCCCUCAAGAUAUUGAUGUGAUUGAACUACACGACUGCUUCUCUUGCAAUGAAUUAAUCACCUAUGAAGCACUGGGACUAUGCCCACCAGGUAAAGCAGGUGAGAUGAUAGAUCGUGGUGAUAAUACAUACGGCGGUAAAUACGUCAUUAAUCCUAGUGGAGGACUUAUAUCAAAAGGACAUCCCCUGGGGGCUACCGGUCUAGCCCAGUGUGCUGAACUCUGCUGGCAGUUGAGGGGGGCAGCAGGAAAGAGACAAGUGGCAUCAGCUAAAGUAGCUCUCCAGCAUAACCUCGGACUAGGAGGAGCUGUUGUUGUUACUUUGUAUAGGCUGGGGUUCCCACAGCAAGCUAACAGGAGUAAUAUUAAGACAACAGUCAGUUCAAGUACAACAGGAGCAACAAUGAAGUGUACACCUUUUUUUGAUGAAGUAGAAACAAGAAUGAAAACUGAAGGUAGUAGUAUGGUGAAGAAGAUAAAAGGUAGUUUCUUGUUCAAGAUAACUGGUGGUGAUGGUAAAGUCCAUGAGUGGCUUGUAGACCUAAAGUCUGGGAGCGGAUCAGUCACCAAAGGAACUGGUUUGAAGGGUGACUGUACUAUUAUAAUGAAAGAUGGCGAUUUCAUGGACAUGAUAACUGGAAAAAUAGGAGCACAAAAAGCAUUCUUUUCUGGUAAACUCAAGAUAACUGGCAACACUGGACUGGCCAUGAAACUGCAAAGUAUCAUGCCUGAGAAGCCAAAGUCUAAACUGUGAUGACUUUUAAGAAUUUAUAGUGCUAUAGUAUUGUCAUUGUACAUGUAUUUAAUUGAAUUACCCAUUUAUGCAGUUUUAA